ACCCAGCUCUAGCUGUCACUACUCUAAGAAGUGUGAAAAAGUUGGCUUCGGCUCUUAAUAGUGUACGAAAAAAGCAAUCUGCUAGCUCCAAACUUGCACAAAUAAAGUCGAAGUUCACACAGCAUAAUGGCCGAAAAACAGCAGGAUACCGAGAUGAACGGCGAGGACUUCACCAAGGACGUGACCGCCGACGGCCCGAGCUCGGAAAAUGGAGACGGAGCCGCCGCCGGCUCCACUAAUGGCAGCUCCGACCACCAAUCUGGGCAGCGUGAUGACGACAGAAAACUGUUUGUGGGCGGCCUCAGCUGGGAAACCACUGAGAAGGAACUCCGUGAUCACUUUGGCAAGUACGGUGAGAUUGAGAGCAUCAAUGUCAAGACAGACCCUCAGACCGGACGCUCGCGAGGAUUCGCCUUCAUUGUGUUUACAAACACUGAGGCCAUCGACAAGGUCAGUGCCGCCGAUGAGCACAUUAUCAACAGCAAGAAGGUUGAUCCCAAGAAGGCCAAGGCACGUCAUGGCAAGAUCUUUGUCGGCGGUUUGACCACAGAGAUCUCCGAUGAUGAAAUUAAGACCUACUUUGGACAGUUUGGAAACAUUGUCGAGGUUGAGAUGCCAUUCGACAAGCAAAAGUCGCAGCGUAAGGGUUUCUGCUUCAUCACCUUCGACUCGGAGCAGGUGGUCACAGACCUGCUGAAGACGCCCAAGCAGAAGAUUGCCGGCAAGGAGGUCGAUGUUAAGCGGGCAACGCCCAAGCCGGAGAACCAGAUGAUGGGUGGUAUGCGUGGCGGACCACGCGGUGGUAUGCGUGGCGGUCGUGGUGGCUACGGAGGACGUGGCGGCUACAACAACCAGUGGGAUGGCCAGGGAUCCUACUCGGGCUAUGGCGGCUACGGUGGAUACGGCGCUGGCGGCUAUGGCGACUACUAUACCGGCGGCUACUAUAAUGGAUAUGACUACGGUUAUGACGGCUACGGAUACGGCGGCGGCUUUGAGGGUAACGGCUACGGCGGCGGCGGUGGUGGCGGUGGCAAUAUGGGCGGUGGUCGCGGUGGCGGCGGACCCCGCGGCGGUGGCGGCCCCAAAGGUGGCGGCGGUAACUUCAAUGGUGGAAAGCAACGCGGCGGCGGCGGUGGACGCCAGCAGCGACAUCAGCCCUAUUAAAUGGGCGGGGACGUGGGCAAUGGGUAUAUCGCAUUCUACAGAUAACUGCAAACUAUUUGAAUUUUACC